AUGCCAUUUUCGCUUGCUGGAACAGAAUUGACGGUGCAGUCCGUUCUACUCGUCUCGGAUUCCGACGAGGAGGGCGACGAGGGACAACAGGGUAACCAGCAACGACGACGAGAGCGACGGCGUCGCAAGGCGCAGGGGGAGGAUGCAGGCUCCGCGGAAAUAACGAAUCCGGAACGUCAGGCGGAGCUGCACGGGCGGAAGAACCACGCGGAAGGAGCGGGUGACGGUCAGCGGCGCGGUCCGUUAGAUUCUUCGCGAGAAGGGGGCGAGCUUGCGAGAAGUUACAGCGUUGACUCUGUUGACUCCGUUGACUCGCUUGACCGCGACGGAUCUAUCUGCUCGCCUCGCUCCGUUGACUCACUUGACCUUGCCUCCCCUCGUUCCGUUGACUCCGCUGAACCGCACGAUUCUGCUAAUCUCCCCGUCUCCGCGCAUCCCGCGGCUAAGCGCAAGUCCAAGGCGCGCCACAGGCGGAAGGGCUCGCGCGGAUCGUCGCGCCUCAGCCGGUCUGUUUGCGCCACUUCCGCCGACGGGCGCGUCGCUCCCGCCGACGCUGACGUGGCCGCCUCGACGAGCGCAAAUGGACACGUCACCGCUGCAGCGCUGGCAGCCGCCCACGCCAGGUCAGCUGGAGAACUAUCAUUGGGAGAAGACGGGGCGCUGCGAGAAAGAAGGAGCAUGGGGGGAGGAAUGGGCAUGGGGGGGCUUGGGGAAUCAGGCGGAGGGAUGGGCAUGGGGGGGCUUGGGGAAUUAGGCGGAGGGAUGGGCAUGGGGGGGCUUGGGGAAUUAGGCGGAGGGAUGGGCAUGGGGGGGCUUGGGGAAUUAGGCGGAGGGAUGGGCAUGGGGGGGCUUGGGGAAUUAGGCGGAGGGAUGGGCAUGGGGGGGCUUGGGGAAUUAGGCGGAGGGAUGGGCAUGGGGGGGCUUGGGGAAUUAGGCGGAGGGAUGGGCAUGGGGGGGCUUGGGGAAUUAGGCGGAGGGAUGGGCAUGGGGGGGCUUGGGGAAUUAGGCGGAGGGAUGGGCAUGGGGGGGCUUGGGGAAUUAGGCGGAGGGAUGGGCAUGGGGGGGCUUGGGGAAUUAGGCGGAGGGAUGGGCAUGGGGGGGCUUGGGGAAUUAGGCGGAGGGAUGGGCAUGGGGGGGCUUGGGGAAUUAGGCGGAGGGAUGGGCAUGGGGGGGCUUGGGGAAUUAGGCGGAGGGAUGGGCAUGGGGGGGCUUGGGGAAUUAGGCGGAGGGAUGGGGAGGGGAAGGGGGGGGGUAGCAAGUGCGGGAGCAGCAGUGCCUCCUGUGAAACUGCCUGGGCCUGGUGGGGGACGCAUGGGUAUAGGGGGGAAAAUCGGGGGCUCCGGGGGGAAUGAGACCGGGGGAGGCAUUGGCGGAAGCAUGGGGGCGCCUUGGGUUGUCCUGGGCAGCAGGGAAAUCACCGAAGCUGCUUCCGUGGCUCCAUUCCAUACCUCCGGCGCUGCUAUGGCGACUGCCGAGGCUGCUUCCGAGGCUGCUGCCGAAGCUGCAGCCUCGUUACAGCCAGGGUCCCCUGUGAGACUACAGAGAGUGCUGGCUGCUGUGUCCCGCGCAUUAGACAGGGCCAGUGAGGAGGCAGCAGCAGGGAGGGAGGGUCCUUCAGGGGUAGAGGUGAAUGGUGAGUCAACUCAAAACACACCUGAUGUGUCGCGCGCACUAGAUAAGGCCAGUGAGGAGGCAGCAGCAGGGAGGGAGGGCAGUGCGGAGGCUACUUCCGAUGCUGCUGUGGGCAUGCGAGAAGCGCACGCAGAGACGCCUGAGAGGGAAGAGGCGGCAUUAGGGAACACGGAUGAGGAGGGAGAGUGGGGUGCGGGAAGUGAAGUGCGGAUGAGGGCGGUGCACGUGAGGGCGGUGCACGUGAGGGCGGUGCACGUGAGGGUGGUGCACGUGAGGGCGGUGCACGUGAGGGGGGUGCAAGUGAGGGGUGGCAUCAGCAUCGAGUUCCACGUUAUCAGGCAUGGGGAGUCAACCCAGUCGCCUGCCCUCAUAGCCGGUCGCUCCCCAGCUGCCCAUCUCACCCCCACGGGGGUGCAACAAGCUGUGUCACUGGGGACCUUCCUGCGCCGCUACUUGAGGCUUCAGUGGGAUGAGGUUUUCUGCUCGCCCAUCCCGCGCGCUACACACACUGCUCGGCUAGUCUGCCAGGAGCUAGGCUUUCCAACCAGCCGCAUACAGGAAGCCGCAGAGCUUCAGGAGAUGAGCGCGGGCCACUGGGAGGGCAAGCCCCGGGCAGAAUUCUUUUCUUCCGACGCUGCCCUGGCGUGGAUGACCGCCUCCCAGCCCGACUUCUGCUACCCGGGUGGUGAAUCGCAGCGCCAGGUGGAGUAUCGAAUGGUGAGCUUCUUGAAUCGCCUCGCCACCAACCACGCCACCCGACUCAUGUCAACCAAAUCUAGUGCUUCGGCUCAAGAGGAGGGCGGCAAGAGCACGGCCAAGUGCCACAUCGGCAUAUUCUCGCACUGCGCGUCGAUUAAAUGCCUGUUACGGGGCUUGAUGGGGUCGAGCCCUCACAUGACCCACAAGAUAGUAGUGGAUCACACUUCAAGUACGGUGGCUUUCUCGCCGGCUACAGGUUGGAGGCUAGUGCGUGUGAAUGAUGUUUCCCACUUGCUUGUGGCACAGGGGCCUAUAGCCCCUUAG